GUCUAUCAACAUGCAUCCUAAUAAUCGUCCUUGGAUAUGCCAACUCCACGGGCACUGAAAACUAUAUAAUAUAUAAUACAACUGCAUCGGAAGCUGAUUUGGAUUUGGGCAACCAUUUUCGGAGGCGUGUAUACAAUAUGGUUGAUAUGGUGCCAUGGAAUGCACAUGUUAAAACUUGGGUUGAUGUCGGACUAGUGGUUGGGCAUAAGCCAUUGACAUGGCUGAUGGAUGUCGCCAACGAGUUGGACGAAUAUAAUGAUUAUAAUAAAUGGAAACAAGCUCUAUGGAAAAAAUUAGGAGAAAAAUUUAAGAUCUAUUCAAAAGUUGCAAUGCGAAAAUUUGUUGUCUAUUUGAAUACUAAAGUUAUGACAGUAUAUCGCGAAAACAUGAGGAGAAGGAAUACGAGGACCACAAUGCCUCUGGACUACGAAGAGAAGGAAGACUACUCGUAUGCAGGCGAAAAAUCCGUCUGAUUUUAAUGAUAAUUUCACAAC